AUGACCCCACCAUACAAAAUCGUUCUCUUGGGGGACUCAUCAGUCGGAAAGACUUCAUUAGUGCAUAGGUUCACUACAGACUCAUUUGACCCACAUCUGGCAAAUACGAUUGGUGCAGCAUUUAUCUCCAAAGAGCAUACAGCGUCAAACAGAAGCAUCAAAUUUGAGAUUUGGGACACGGCGGGUCAGGAGCGGUACAAGUCACUAACUCCCAUGUACUAUCGAAAUUCUAAAGUUGCACUUGUGUGCUUUGACAUGUCUCUGCCUGAUGAAUCCUUCGAACGAGCAAGAUAUUGGAUUGAACAACUUGCCAUACUGGGACCUCCCGAUAUUAAAAUCAAAGUAGUGGGAAACAAGGAGGAUUUGGGUGCAGAUGCUAAUUUACUGAUGAUUCAAGAGUUUUGUGGUGAUAGGAAUUUGUCUUUGGUGACUACCAGUGCCAAAACAGGGAAGGGUAUCGUUGCUCUCUUCGACCAGAUCACUGACGAGAUAGAACAGGAAUUUUUCGACAAAUACCAGGAAGAACAGGCCGCUAAUACCAAUGAUGACAGAAUAUUACUUAACAUGCGCAUGAAACAGACUGGAUGCUGUUAA